GGGCAGGAUUGAUUCCAUUACAUCUAAUGCACAUACAAGACAUCAUCAACUUCGUCUUUUCUGCGCGCUCGCCACAAGACAUCAAAACCUGUCGCCAAACGACAUAGACCAUGGCCUCGUCCCUUCGAUCAGCAUCUCGGCUGGUCGCGAGACCGUUGACGACCUCUGCCCCUCUCCGACAAGUAGAGAGAUCACCUUUCCUCCGCGCCACAGCUCAAUUCCAUACCUCGAGUCCUCGAAAUGCUUUACCCUCAGGCCCUCCUCCUCAAGGAUACAGAUUACCUCGACCGAAAAGAUGGGAUGAAGGCGAAAAUGUUGCGGACAAAGCCAGCAAUUAUUUCCUGCUCACGGAGAUGAUGCGCGGCAUGUACGUCGUGAUGGAACAAUUCUUCAGAGCACCUUAUACCAUCUACUAUCCUUUUGAGAAAGGCCCGAUCUCACCACGAUUCAGAGGCGAACAUGCUCUGAGACGGUACCCGUCUGGCGAAGAGAGAUGUAUCGCCUGCAAGCUUUGCGAAGCUGUCUGCCCGGCACUAGCUAUCACAAUCGAAGCCGAAGAGCGAGAAGAUGGGUCAAGACGAACCACACGUUACGAUAUCGACAUGACAAAGUGCAUAUACUGUGGAAUGUGCCAGGAGAGCUGCCCUGUUGAUGCGAUUGUUGAGACACCAAAUGCCGAAUAUGCUACGGAGUUCCGAGAAGAGCUUCUGUACAACAAGGAGAAAUUACUUGCCAACGGUGACAAGUGGGAGCCCGAGUUGGCAGCUGUGGCAAGAGCAGAUGCUCCGUACAGAUAAAGAGAAGUCAUUGCAAACUUGCUCUAUCUCUUGUGUACAUACUUUUAUGACCGGCAGCGAAAAUGCGAGCAUUGUGCCUUUUCCAGCGGUUUAUUUGCGAUCAAAGAUUCGUCGCGGUGGUCAAUUCGGAAACAGUUCAUGCAGAAACACCCUUCGGCCACCCACCAACCCGUUGGCUUGUAACUCCCCAAUUCGUUUAAACACAUGUUCGAUAUGGAAGCCGUCCUCAGCUACUAAAAGCCCAAUAAAGCCAUCCAAUGGAUCGACCUCUUUUGAUCAGCUCAGCUAAGAGCGCGCAUGGUCAUCUCAACACUAUG